AUGCAGCAAGCCAAUGAAAACCAAGCCAGGAGAGAUAGGAGCUGCUUGGAGAGCCUGACCUUAUGGGACCUGAAGAGCCACAACCACAUUAAAGACACAGAAGAAGAUGUGGAAUACCAGGAGAGAAGCGAGAGUGAGGAAGGAGAUGAGGAGGAAGAGGAAGAGUAUGUAUGCGUGAUAAUAGAAGGGUCAGAGGUUGAGGAAGAUGAGGAGGAAGAGGAAGAUGAAUAUGAGGUUACAUGUGUAGGGGAGUAUGUGGAGGAAGAGGAGGAAGAGGAGUGUUUGUUAGACGUUCUGGUGAAAGAGGAGGAAGUAGAGGAGGAUGAAGAAGAAAGAGUGGAGAGGUAUGAGAAGGAGAAGGGCCUGAAACUGAGUGUGAAGGGGCUGAGAGGGAGACAGACAGGAGAGGAGAAGUACGGUCGGCUCAGAGAGAUCCUAGGAGACCAGUAUGUCAGGGAGGUUACCUGCGCCCCUGAAGGAGAUAGAGUGGUCCUCCACCUCUAUCACCCUAGUGUACCUAUGUGUUCCCUGUUGAAUCACCACUUAAGUUACCUGGCCCCUAAAUUCCCUGAGUGCAAGUUCCUGAUGAUCCUCGCUGGGCAGUGUGUCCCCAACUACCCUGCCAGCCACCUCCCCACCCUGUUCAUCUACGACUCAGGAUGUAUCAUCAACUCCCUGAUAGGAGAGAAGGCCUGUGGUGGGAGGAACGUAUUGGAAGAUGAGCUGAAGUGGAUGCUGGCCCAGUCGGGAGCGUUUGUGAUUGACAGCUACGAGGCCUUAUACCAGGAGGACACGCCCAUCACGACGCCGCGUUCGGAACAGGAACAGGAAGACGACAGCGACGACCAGUCUGAUCACUAUGACAACCAAGGCGCCGAGGUGUAG